UCACUUACACCUAUUUAUCGACAUUUGCUCACUAAUAGAGCAAUAUGGUUGCUAAAUGUAUAUAUGGCAACGAAAGAAAAUAGAAAAAUACGCAUAUUAUACCUCUGCAUUAAAUAGGAAAGGUUGCUUGGGUGUUACCUAUAAAUGGUUUCAUGCAUCACUUAGCAAUGUCAGUACUUAACAUCAGCAGUUGUAGUCUGUUACUAUAACAAAAUGGAGUGGAAGAUCUUUCUCGCUUUCUCUUGCCUCUUCGUGGCGUCUCAAGCUUCCUUGAUUCCAUCAGUGGAGGUGCUUCAAGGUCCUAGCAGCAGGACAACACUUCUCGGGCCAGAUGGAAGUGCUCUCAAUGCUGCAGCACCUGGAGGUACGGUGGUAACCGGUGGAGCUGCAGGAUUGAUACCAGCAGGACCUGCAGUUCUUGGUAUCGGAGCACCUAUUGCUGUUAGAGGGCCAGCAGGAGCAGUAAUUACUUCUCAUUCAUUAGGUGGUCCUGCUGUCGUACCUGGUUUGGUAGCUGCAGCUCCUUUAGUAGCUCCUGGCAGAAUUGCAUUAGGUGUUGGAGGAGAUCCCGAUGAUAACGGCCAUGAGGGUGCUUACCUUGGUGAUAUUUCUGAAGCAUGGCAUGAUGAUGGUUCAUACAGAGGAGAAUAAAUUGUUAAUUGAAGAUCUGAAUAUAUUUUUUAUUCAUA